CCUACGUCUGUCUAUCUCAUAUUUACAACAAGCAGCAGCCGUUUUCGAGUUUUGGUUUGGGUCCUUUCUUCUCUUCUCUUUUUUUUUCUUCUUUUUAAAGCUUCAGCUGCCUAUGACUUGUGAGCUCAUAUCAUCUCUCACCACACGUUAAUUCAUGGUCACUAUGGAUCUAAAAGGUAUAACUUGGGUUGGACAUGUUUACCAGAAGUUUGAAGCCAUGUGCUUGGAGGUAGAAGAAGUUUUGUACCAGGACACUGUUAAAUACGUUGAGAAUCAAGUGCAGACAGUUGGUGCAAGUGUUAAAAAGUUCUAUGCAGAUGUGGUGCAGGAUCUGACUCCGCCAUCUAUGGAUCUUGUGAAAGGGGCAGCAACAUCUGACUUGCCUAUAGAACAAUAUACUGAUAUUGGGAUCUAUAAAAAGCCAGAAGCAAGUAAGAAAGAAGAGACAGUGAUGGUUGAUCACAGGCAAUCUGAUGAUUCACAUGCCACUUUUGAUCUGGACAAGGAUGCAAGCCAUGUACCAUCUUUCCAUGGUUUUGACAUUGAUGAUACUUCAUUCCAACCAUAUUCAGGAGAUACUGUCCAAGGAGCAUGUUCAGACUCUUACUCUAAGCAAUAUGGUAAUAGGAGUCGUUGUAAGUCUAGACUGGGUGUGAAAAAAAAAUCUAACAGGGACAACUUCUCUUUGAGGGAAAUGUUUGGAACAGUCACUCAUAUAGAAAAAGAUCAUAGUGAAACAUUGUUAUUUUCUGAACUAUCAGAUGAAAAUAAAAAAUCAUUCUGUGAUCAGAGAGGUAUAAGUCCUACCCCAGAUAUGGUUGGAGUAAAUGGUUGUAACUGCACAGAAGCAAUAUCUGAUGAGUUUGAAAAUUCAAGCAAGGGUCCAACUAGCGUUGUCGCUGAUGGCCAAGGUUGUAAUGAGAUUGAAAUGGCAGGUGCUCAUUCCUCUUGUGAUGAUAUAUCAGCAGAAAUAAACGACAUUUGUAAGAACAAUGGGGUGGUUUAUCUGGUAGGAUCCUCUGUGAACAGGGAUGUUCAGCCCAUUGAAUUUCCAGAUGAGAUCAUCCUUGUUUGCGAUCCAGGACUAGCAGAUGACUCAACUGCUGACACGAGUGAGAUUAAUAUUCCUGUUCAACAGGAUUUGGGAAUAAUUCAACAGGUUGAUGAUAUUCAAGAUGAGGAAAACUGUGUUCUGGAAAAUGGAGAUGGCCUUCAUUUUGUUCCUCACAAGGAAAGCAAACACAGGCCUUACAAGAAAAAGAUUCGGGAUGUCAUAUCUUCAAGAAUGAGAUCCCGGAGAAAGCAUGAAUAUGAACAGCAUGCUACAUGGUAUGGGGAGAAAGUAAAUUCCAAUAAAAAAUGUGCAGGGAGUUCAAUGCAAAUUAAUAUAGAGGGGGAGAUGAAGAGAUCAGCACCGCAGAAGAAUCCCAUUGAGUCGGAUUGGGAACUUAUUUAGAUACCAGUGUUUCAACUUCAUGUAAAUAAUUUCUUCAAAGUUACUUCUGCAGCCUCUCUGAGCUGAUGAAGGUGAUUUAGAUUCUGAAUUAAUAUAGCAAUCGAGGGUCCAGCGCCUAUAGAUAUAUGGUGAAGUAGAUAAAAAAGAGGAAGCACCUCUCUGGUAAUAAAGAAAAAAUAUUAUGCUUGAUAGCCCCCUCUGGGGAUGCACGCAGGUUCAUUUACAGAAGAAAUAUGAGCAAUUUGGCCAUUAUUGUGACUGUUAAUUUGAUUAACUUAUUUUCAGUUGGGCUGUUCGCUGGUCUUUGGAAA